ACGCAGAUAACCUAGCUAUCCCACAACCCAACGCAAGCUAGCUUGGCCUGGUCUCCGAGUCCCGACCAAGCUGCCCAUAACAGCGUCUUCAAUGGGAAAAGCUUCAGCUGGAGCUACGAAACCAUACACCAAGUCCGGGGUGCGAGUUGUGGUUGCCGGGGACCAAGGCACCGGGAAAUCUAGCCUGAUUGUGACGGCAACGUCCGAGAACUUCCCAAACAAUGUGCCGCCCGUGUUGCCAUUGACGAGGUUCCCCGAGGAUAUCUUCCCCGACCGCGUGCCCAUCACGAUCAUCGACACUUCGUCUGGUGUAGAGGAUGAUGAUAACGUCGCCGAAGAAUUGAAGCGCGCUGAUGCAGUUGUGUUUACUUAUGCGUGUGAUGAGCCUCUAUCAUUUGAACGAUUGAGUACUUUCUGGCUUCCAAAACUUUGUAAACUAGAGGUGAAAGUCCCAGUUAUAGUGGUAGGUUGUAAGCUGGAUUUGAGAGAGGAGAACCCGCAGGUGAGCCUGGAGCAGGUGAUGACACCAAGAAUGCAACAAUUUUGUGAGAUUCAAAUCUGCAUUGAAUGUUCAGCACUUAAACAAAUUCAGACCCGUGAAGUCUUCUACUAUGCACAACAAGCUGUGCUUCAUCCACCGGGUCCACUAUUUGAACAGGGAACACAUGGAACACAUACUUUGAGGCCCAGAUUUGUUCGUGCCUUGAAGCGGAUAUUUUUUCUUUGUGACCAUGAUAGGGACGGUGCCCUUAGUGAUGCAGAGUUGAAUGAUUUUCAGGUCAAAUGUUUCAAUGCUCCAUUACAACCUUCUGAAAUAGUAGGUGUUAGGAGGGCUGUCUCAGAAAAAUUGUGUGGAGUCAAUGACAGUGGGCUUACUUGGACGGGUUUCCUUUUUCUUCAUCAAAAAUACAUAGAACAAUGGCGUCUUGAGAUAACAUGGACUAUUCUACGAAAAUUUGGAUACAACAAUGAUAUGAAACUUGCAGAGGAUGUCAUCCCAUCGACUUCCAAACGAGCCCCCGAUCAGACUGUGGAGCUGACAAAUGAAGCCAUUGAUUAUCUGAGGGGAAUCUUUGAAUUACAUUGUACCAAUUCUGAUGGGGAGAUGGGACCUCUUAAAAUUGGCAAGAUAUUUUCUAAUGCUCCGGAAAGUCCUUGGGAGAGAGAGCCAUACGUGGACGCUGCACAGAAAAAUAAAUUUGGAGGGUUAUCUCUUGAUGGCUUUUUGUCAAUGUGGGCCUUUAUGACAUUAAUAGACCCAGCUUGGAGCGUUGAAAAUAUGAUAUACGUUGGUUACCUUGGCAAUCCUUUAUCUGCAUUCUGUGAGACUAGAAAACGGCGUUUGGAUAGGAAGAAUCAACAGACAGACAGAAAUGUUUUCCAGUGUUUUGUUUUUGGGCCCAAGAAGGCUGGCAAGUCUGCAUUAUUAAAUUCUUUUGUUGGAAGGUGUUUUUCUGAUAAAUAUACUUCAACCGGCGUUGAAGAUCAUUAUGCGGUGAACGUUGUUAAUGAACCUGGGGGGACAAAGAAGACCCUUAUAUUGAGAGAGAUACCUGAAGGCAAAGUUGCUAAACUGCUGUCAGAUAAAGAAUCUUUGGCUGCUUGUGAUGUAGCAGUUUUUGUUCAUGACGGUUCUAAGAGAGCAAAUGCGUUGCUGGUAGGAGUAGCUAGUCAUGGUGUAUGUACUGGCUUUGAGGUGCCUUGCCUCAUUGUGGCAGCUAAAGCGGAUCUGGACUCUUUUCCCAUGGUCAUUCAAAAUUCUACUAGGGUUAGUCAGGACAUGGGAAUAGAGGCUCCCAUACCUAUCAGUAUGAAGUCGGGUGAUCUCAAUAGUAUAUUCCUUAGGAUUGUAAGUGCUGCAAAACACCUGCAUUCGAGCAUUCCUAAAACUGAAGCUGGGAGAAGCCGCAAGCAAUUCCAGAGACUUAUAAACCGCUCACUUAUGGUCUUUUCGGUUGGAGCUGCAGUGGCAAUUGUUGGACUGGCAGCAAAAGGUAGAAUGAUUCCCCUUAACUGUUAAGGGAUGAAAGUUUGAAAAUCAAUCAGCUUAGUUUAGCUCUUCCUCUCAUCAUAGUAUAUAUAGUUGGUUGUUCUACGAUUUGUCAUCUUCAAAAACCCACCUUGUUAGGUUUUUUGAGUAGUUGCAUACCAAAGCAUCAUGCCCCUGAUAAUUUCUUGUUCUUUGUAUAUAUAUAGAUAGUUGUACUAUGAGCAUCCCUAGUAAGGUCUUUGAAUUUUCUCUAAA